AUGUCUGAAGUUGCCACUUGUCUAGAAAUGCAGAGCACCGUUCCUCGUCGUGCCAACAUCGACGAAAUAACGGAAGUCAUCCCGGCCCUCGAGGGAGCAUCUGAUAUCUUCACCAAUGCUUAUCCGAAUUGGCAGGCGCGAGCAGCACGAGGCAUAUUCGGGGGCACCCUAGUUGCGCAGGCUCUGUCUGCGGCACACGCCACGGUGCCCCCCGACUUCAUCAUCCAUAGCAUGCACUGCCAUUUCAUACUCGCCGCCGUCGCCCACAGCCCGAUGUUUUACCAUGUGGAGCGAAUCCGGGAUGGUAAAAGCUUCAUAACGAGGACGGUGCAGGUUCGCCAAAGGGGAAAAUGCGUCUUCACGGCCACUUUAUCAUUCACCAGAGAACGCCGUGGAAGUAGCCAAAACGUCGAGCAUGUGUCGCUCAUGCCAACGGAAGCCACAAUUCCAAUGCCUGGAGUGACCACUUAUCCUGCUUUUCCAGAGCGCGAGUCCCAGCCUUUCGAGUCAACUCUCUUCACUGUCACUCCAGCCAGCUCACCUCCCGAGAAGAGAAUGCGCCUCUGGCUGCGAGCCAUCAAUCCAAAUCGCGACUGCGGCCCUAGCCAACAACCUGCUAAAAGAAGCUCCUCUGAUGCAGUGCAACAGCUUCAAGCACAGCUCUCCGCACUAGCGUUUAUGACGGAUGGGUAUUUCAUCGACGCAAUCGUUCGAGUACACGGCCUUGCGCCCAGCGAGGACUAUACCAAGGUUAAAGAUGGUGUGUCACUUGCGAACGAGAAUCGGGUCCAGAUGAUGGUCUCCCUCAGUCACACCAUCUACUUCCACAACCCUCAUGCCGUGUGUGCGGAUGAAUGGAUGUUGAUUGACGUGGACAGUCCAUGGGCCGGAGAUGAGAGGGGGCUUGCAGUUCAGAGGAUAUGGUCAAAAUCUGGCGUUCUUCUGGCAACUUGCUUUCAAGAAGGCCUCAUCAGACUGAACCAGGAUAGCGGCCCGAGAUUAUAG